AGUGUAUUUCCGGACGCCAAGUCUGCACAGCUGCCGCCGAAUUUAAAGAGACAGGGGGAGGUAGUUGUUUAAUUUUAAUUUUAAACCUUUGUCUUGAACCUCGUUUGCUAUUGCUUUUUAUGGGAGUGAUCUACAUGUAGCGACAAGAUAACUAGCUAGCUCCUAAAUGAAAGGAUGUUUUUUUAAACUAAAAGUCACCUCGCACACACUAAUUUCCCCUCAUCUCUCGGCCCCCAGCUAACGUUAGCUAGCAAGCUGGCUAGCUAGCUUGCUAGCUUGGUACGCGGAGACCAAGAUUUCUUUCAACUAGCAAAUCUGGGACAGCGGACAAUGGCGAAAAUUCAGGCGCACGGUAACAUGAAACAAAUAAGCCAAAUGCAAGACAAGGCCUACGUCGUGCAGAAACAAGUACAACAGCAACACUUUCAAAAACUGAAGGUAGAAGAUGCUCUAUCGUACCUUGAUCAGGUGAAAAUACGCUUCGGGAAUGACCCUGGGAUAUACAACAAAUUCCUGGACAUUAUGAAAGAAUUCAAGUCGCAAAGCAUUGACACACCUGGGGUCAUUAAUCGAGUGUCCCAGCUGUUCCAUGGUCAUCCAGACCUGGUCUUGGGGUUCAAUGCCUUCUUACCCCCAGGAUACCGGAUAGAGAUUCCCAAGAAUGGGGUGGUGUCCCUUCAAUCGCCACUGUCUGCCCAGGUGUCCCCUGGCCAGACCAGGAGCGUGGCGACCGUUGCAGUGGGUGUGGCUGGGGGAAUCUCUGCCUCGCCCCCAGCAGGUGCUGGCUGCACUCAGGAUGAGGCGGCAGCCUCGCUGGACUCUGCCCCUUCGUCCUCUGGCAUCCCCGAACCGCCCAAUAGGCUUUCCUUGGCCCUGCCCAGCCAGGAAGGGCAGUCCGGGCCCCUCCCUUCCUCCUCGUCCCCGCUGUGUUCAGAGCCCAGUCCCGUGGAGUUUGACAGUGCAAUCAGCUAUGUGAACAAGAUCAAAAACCGCUUCCUAGACCAUCCAGAAAUUUACAGAUCCUUCCUGGAGAUACUACACACUUACCAGAAAGAGCAACUGGAGAUGAAGGAAACGCGGGGUCGUGGAGGAGGGGGCAUGACUGAGGAUGAGGUCUUCUCAAAGGUGGCGAGCCUCUUCAAGGGUCAGGAGGAUCUGCUGGCCGAAUUUGGACAGUUCUUGCCAGACGCCAAGAGAUCAUUGUUCACGGGCAGUUCGCUAACGGGGAAAGACCACCUCAAGAAGAUGGAAGACGAGGACUUGGCCAAACAGAGCAAGAAGAGGUCCCGGCCUAUGCUGAUGCCCCACAUGACUCCACUGCUAAAGAAAAAAAUGAAGCUGUCGUGUUCGAAAGACCAGUCCUUUGCUGCUGUUGGAAAGCAUGGAGUUUUACGGGAGUUCACAUUUUUCGACAAGGUUCGGCGCUUGUUCAAGAGCCAGGAGGUGUACGAGAACUUCCUGCGCUGCAUUGCCCUCUUCAACCAGGAGGUGGUGUCGGGCGCAGAGCUGCUGCAACUGGUCACGCCGUUCCUGGGGAAGUUUCCGGAGCUGUACACCCAGUUCAAGUCCUUUCUUGGGGACAAAGAGCUCUCUCACUCCUUGUCCGGGCUGUCGGACCGCUACAUGGAGGGCGGCGGCCGGGAGAUCGAUUACGCCUCCUGCAAACGCCUGGGCUCCAGCUACAGGGCACUGCCCAAGACCUACCAGCAGCCCAAGUGUAGCGGACGCACUGCCAUCUGCAAGGAGGUGCUGAACGACACGUGGGUGUCGUUUCCCUCGUGGUCAGAGGACUCCACCUUCGUCAGCUCCAAGAAGACGCCGUACGAGGAACAGCUCCACCGCUGCGAGGACGAGAGGUUCGAGGUAACGUACCGCUUCCGCUCCCCUCGCACCUCCGAGGUCGUCCGGAGCGCCGGCCCAUCCGCUGCUGACGUGCGACAAGGCGCCGGUCUCGCCGAGAGGACCGGUCACCGCUUCCGCUGCACGCUGGUGCCACAACGGCCGUCGCGCGGCGAGAAACGCGCGAAACGCCCGCGCUUGGAGGACUCAGCGUCUCUGACCCCCCCCCCCGCCCGUGUCCGCAGGCUGAAGGCCAAGGAGGAGGAGUGGCGGGAGGCCCAGCAGGGCUUCAACAAGAUCUGGCGGGAGCAGUACGAGAAGGCCUACCUCAAGUCCCUGGACCACCAGGGCGUCAACUUCAAGCAGAACGACAUCAAGGCUCUGCGGUCCAAGAGCCUGCUCAACGAGAUCGAGAGCGUCUACGACGAGAGGCAAGAGCAGAGCACGGAGGAGGGGGGCGUGGGCCAGCAGGGCCGCGACGGCGGCGGCGGCGGCUCCGGGGGGGCCGUCAGCGAGCCCCACAUGGUCUUCACCUACGAGGACAAGCAGAUCCUGGAGGACGCCGCCUCGCUGAUCAUCUACCACGUCAAGCGCCAGCCCACCAUCCACAAGGACGACAAGGACCACAUCAAGCGCAUCGUGCAGCACUUCGUCCCCGACCUCUUCUUCGCCCGCCGCGGGGAGCUGAGCGAGACCGAGGAGUGGACGGACGAGGAGGCCGACGCCGAGGAGGGGGUCGGAGCGGGUGGAGGCGGAGGUGGAGGUGGAGGAGGAGUCGGAGUCGGAGGGGGCGGCGGCGGCAGCGGAGGUCCGGGGGCGGGGGGACCGCCGGGAGGAGGAGGAGGAGGAGGCCCGCAGCUGAACGGGGAGUCCAGGAGGAGGCGCUGCGUCUCGCCCCACAACGCGGAGCCCAGCCCCCCCGGCAGCCUGGCGCUGGGCGGGGAGAAGCUGGACCUGCGCGACCCCGAGGCCGAGCACCAGAAGGAGCUGGACGACGUCUACAACCUCUUCUUCCUCAACAACAACUGGUACUUCUUCCUGCGGCUGCACCAGACGCUGUGCGCGCGGCUGCUGCGGGUCUACCGCCAGGCCGAGAGGCAGCUGCUGGAGCGGCGGGCCGAGCAGGACCGGGAGAGGAUCCUCCAGGCCGAGGGCCGCCGGGACAAAGCCAGCGACCUGGCCAUGGAGCUGCGACUCAAACAGCCCAGCGAAGUCGAGCUGGAGGAGUACUACCCGGCCUUCCUGGACAUGGUCCGUAACCUCCUGGACGGGAACCUGGACUCCACGCAGUACGAGGACACGCUGCGAGAGAUGUUCACCAUCCACGCCUACAUCGGCUUCACCAUCGACAAGCUCAUCCAGAACAUCAUCAGACAGCUGCAGCACCUGGUGAGCGACGAGGUGUGCCUGCAGGUGGCCGAGCUCUACCUGGCCGAGCGCAAGAGGGGCGCGGCCGGGGGGAACCUGUCCUCGCAGUGCGUGCGCGCCGCCUGGGAGACCAGCUACCAGUGGAAGGCCGAGAGGGUCAUGGCCGACGAGAACUGCUUCAAGGUGAUGUUCAUCCAGAGGAAAGGUCAGGUGACUAUGACAAUCGAGCUGCUGGACACCGAGGAAGCACAAGCCGACGACCCGCUGGACGUCCAGUACCUGUCCAGUUACAUUGAGCAGUUUGUUGGGACGGAGUCGGCACUGUGCGCUCAGUCAGAGGGAUUCUGCUUCAAACCAGUCUUCCUGCCCAGGAACCUGCGGCGUUUCCGGCGCUGGCAGCUGCGGCAGAUGGAGGCCAUGCGCUGUCGCCGGGAGUGGCGCCGGCAGCUGGGCGUGGAGACGGCCGGCAGCCUGGACUGCCGCUUCAAGCUGCACUCCCACAAGAUGGUGUUCGUCAUGAACUCCGAGGACUACAUGUACCGCCGGGGGGCCCUCGUCAAAGCCAGGAAGGCCCAGCACGCCGUGGCGCGGGCGCAGCACGAGCGCUUCGACCGGUGGCACCAGGGCUGGCUGGCGGAGCACGUGCCCCCAUCGGCGGAGCGAGCCGUGCAGGACUGGCUCAUGGGCGAGGAGGAGGAGGAGAUGAUCCCCUGCAAGACCACCUGCCUCACCAGGCAGGUCAACGGCCUGCCCGUCAACCGGUACCAGGUCCGCUACAGCAGCAAGCCCCCCGCCUCGCCCUAAACAGCCCCCGCCCCCCCUCCCCCACCUGCCCCCGAAACAACCGCCCCCCACCCGCCCCUUUCACACACGUACAGAAGAGACCGUGCACAUGAACCGACACACAGACACGCACGCACAAGAUGGAGCAGGAGAGGCCGAGGAGGCGGGCCCCAGAGGCGCCGGGGGGGGCCGCGUGGCCGGCGCCAAGACGCGGAGCCGGAACCCGGACCCGGACCGGGAGCGAAACUCGGAAGAAAGGCAAAAGCCGCCCCAGCUUUCAGGAAGCCCCUCAUCUUCCGCCCCCACCGCUUCUCUCAUCUCUCCUGAAAUCGACCUGCGAACAGCCGCACAAAAAAAAACUCAUCCAGUUUGUUCGAGGAAUGUGAAGAAUCUUUUUAAAUGUAGUUUUUAGCUUCACGAGCCUGAGUGUGUGUUGUUUAUAUUUGUAUAUGUUUCUACUGGAAGAGACAGAUAAGAUGAAAGAGUACAGCUGGUGUUUGUACAGGAUACUAAUUCAAGCAUACUUAUAUAAAUAUAUGUAUACAUGCAUAUAUACAGUAUAGAUACAUAAGGAAAUAACGUGAUACUGUGGCAUUUUUGCUGGCAGCCAGUUCCUUAAUACAUCCAUUACUUUGUUUUCCUUGUAACUGAAUAAUCAUAUCCCAGGCUGUGUCCAUCAUGUGACGACUUUUCAAGGCAUUUGUUUGUACUUCAGCUGUGUUAAACCUCCAAAUUAUGUACAUCCGUGAUUUCAUCAGGUCCUGCUUGAAGGAUGCUGUCAUUUUUACACAUUAAAGCUGAAAAUGAACAAAAAAAAUCAGUGGUGGAAAAGAAUGUAAACCAUUUCCUUACCCUGUUGAAGUUUAUCAUGAAAUAAACCACAUAGGUGUAAACUUCUAAA